GAAGCCACUUCUUCAUAGUGUCGAAGGGCACGUUGGUGGUCUUGAGGAAUGGUGAAACCAAGUCGGAGAUCACCAAAGGUGCCGCUUUCGGGGAGAACGUGAUCCUCAUGUCAGGUGCACAAGAUGCCACAAUCCAAGCCAAAGGAGAGGUGGAGGUCUAUGGCAUGCAUGGGGCGAGGAGCCGUGCUCUCCUUGCUGAGCAAUAUCAGCGAGAAAGAGGUCAAGCCAGCAGUGCAGUGAACGAAGCGCUCAGUUGUGAUUCCUGCUGGCUGCUACGCAAACUCACGCCUUAUCAGAUGCAGUGCCUGUUUGACAAAGUCAAUGUGCUUAGCUUCGAGAAUGGCGCCACAAUCAUGGAAGCUGGGCACAAGGAGACGCCCGACCUUCACAUUGUUUUGCAAGGGCAGGUCUCCCUCACCGCAGGGG